UUAUUCUAUCCAGCACAUUUAAGUAUAACCAUUCAAUAUGAGAUUUUCAAUUGUAGCUGCCACUGCCACGUUGAUGCUUGCCGCUAGUGUCAGCGCCAAGGCCGAGUGCGAGGAUUUCACUGCGUCAAUCUACCUGGGCAAUGACGAGUGUGAUGGCGACAAAAAAGACCCAAUCAUUAUUACGAACCCUAUCAAGCUCUCGAAAAAAUGUAAUAAUGUUAAGAUAGCCGUUGGUAGUUUGAAGGUUGACGGAUCAGUGAUUGUAGAUAUUGAUGAAGAUGGUGACGAGGACGCCGAAUUCGACCCUCUCACUUCGACAAUUUUCCUCGGAAAGAACUGUAAAGAGGAAUCAGAGAUCACCACACAGAAAGAUAUCCAGAUAGCAGAUUGUGUGGACGGAUUCAAAAUUUUAGGCCAAGAUUCCUCGGUCGAGCUCCUGUGCAAGAAAAAGACUGGUGACGAUGACGAUGACGAUGACGAUGAUGAUGAUGAUGGUGACGACGACGACGACGACGACGAUGACGACGAGUAAAUUAUCCGACCAUAUUUAUGAGUUGGAAACAAGCAGCAUACUAUGUUAGUGCGAACUUAUUACAUAUAUAAACACAUACAAAUAAUGACCCGAAGUCUGGUUCGAGUUUUCGUUCGUUUUGAAUACAAAAGUAAAUGUUAGACAAAUAAUCGCUUCUUGUUCCAAUACAACAGUAGACAAAUCGAGUCCAUUGAAGUACUCCUUAUCAAUACGUGUAAAGCUACCAGUGUUGUAAUCACUGAUGUUGGCUCGUUUAUGGCUCCGCCG